UCCAUGUGGGAGCUAGAGCUCUAUAAGUAAACACUCCGCGCGGUGCAGACAAGGCUUCUUCCUAUUUGUGAGGCGGGGGCUGCGGCAGCAGCGGCGGCGCCUCCGACUAGUUCCGGUUUCCUUUCCUGCACAGCUCUGCUGGGCGGGUGCGCGGUCUAGGAGUCGCGGCCGCCUGUCGGGCCUGGCGUCUGGUCAGUCUUUCUCGCUUGUGCGCGCGCUCGCCCGCCCGCCGGCAGCGGAGAGUCGGUGCCGCUAAGGAAGCGGCGCUGGCCGGGUGGGGUGCAGCGCCCUAAGCGCAGGGGGAGACAAAGCAGAGCCGGCCCCCUCUCCCGGCGCCAAGAUGUGGAUCCAGGUUCGCACCAUCGACGGCUCCCAGACGCGCACCAUUGAGGACGUGUCUCGCAAAGCCACAAUUGAGGAGCUGCGUGAGCGGGUGUGGGCGCUAUUCGACGUGCGGCCCGAGUGCCAGCGCCUCUUCUAUCGGGGCAAGCAGUUGGAAAAUGGAUAUACUUUAUUUGACUAUGAUGUUGGACUGAAUGAUAUAAUUCAGCUACUAGUUCGCCCAGACCCUGAUCUUCCUAGCACAUCUAAACAGACUGAUGUACAGGCCAAACCCUGUUCUAAUAAUCCACCUAAAGUGAAGAAAACCCCGAGAGUGGGAUCUUCCAGUCAGCCAUCUACAUCUACUCGUGAUUUUCUUAUUGAUCCUGGCAUCGGACUAUAUAAGGUAAAUGAAUUGGUGGAUGCCAGAGAUGUCGGCCUUGGUGCUUGGUUUGAAGCACGUGUACAUAGUGUUACUAGAGCUUCUGAUGGACAUUCACGUGGCAAAACUCCACUGAAGAAUGGCAGUUCUUGUAAAAGGACUAAUGGGAAUGUAAAUCAUAAUUCCAAAGAGAACACAAAUAAAUUGGACAAUGUACCCUCUACGUCUAAUUCAGACUCUGUUGCUGCUGAUGAAGACGUUAUUUAUCAUAUCGAGUAUGAUGAAUAUCCAGAAAGUGGUACUGUACAAAUAAAUGUGAAGGAUCUUCGACCACGAGCUAGAACCACUCUGAAAUGGAAUGAACUAAAUAUCGGUGAUGUGGUAAUGGUUAAUUACAAUGUAGAAAGUCCUAGUAAUAGAGGAUUUUGGUUUGAUGCAGAAAUUACUGCAUUGAAGACAAUCUCAAGGAACAAAAAAGAACUUCGUGUGAAUAUUUUCUUGGGGGGUUCUGAAGGAAAAUUAAAUGACUGCCAGAUAACAUUUGUAAAUGAAAUCUUCAAGAUCGAGAAACCUGGAGCCCAUCCUCUUUCAUUGGCAGACGGAAAGUUUUUAAGGAAAAAUGACCCUGAAUGUGACUUUUGUGGUGGAGACCCAGAUAAGAAAUGCCAUUCUUGCUCCUGUCAUAUAUGUGGUGGAAAACAGGAACCCAACAUGCAGCUUCUCUGUGAUGAAUGUAACAUGGCCUAUCAUAUUUACUGCCUGAAUCCACCUUUGGAUAAGGUCCCUGAAGAGGAAUACUGGUAUUGUCCUUCCUGUAAAACUGAUUCCAGUGAAGUUGUUAAGGCUGGCGAAAGACUCAAGAUGAGUAAAAAGAAAGCAAAAAUGCCAUCAGCUAGUACUGAAAGCCGGAGAGACUGGGGAAGGGGAAUGGCCUGUGUUGGUCGAACUAGAGAAUGUACUAUUGUUCCUUCUAAUCAUUAUGGACCUAUUCCUGGAAUUCCUGUUGGAUCAACUUGGAGAUUUAGAGUUCAGGUGAGCGAAGCAGGUGUUCAUAGACCCCAUGUUGGUGGAAUUCAUGGUCGAAGUAAUGAUGGGGCUUAUUCUCUUGUCCUGGCUGGUGGAUUUGCAGAUGAAGUAGACCGAGGUGAUGAAUUCACAUACACUGGGAGUGGUGGUAAAAACCUUGCUGGUAAUAAAAGAAUUGGCGCACCAUCGGCUGAUCAAACAUUAACAAACAUGAACAGGGCAUUGGCCCUAAACUGUGAUGCUCCAUUGGAUGAUAAAAUUGGAGCAGAGUCUCGGAAUUGGAGAGCUGGUAAGCCAGUCAGAGUGAUACGCAGUUUUAAAGGGAGGAAGAUCAGCAAAUAUGCUCCUGAAGAAGGCAACAGAUAUGAUGGCAUUUAUAAGGUGGUGAAAUACUGGCCAGAGAUUUCAUCAAGCCAUGGAUUCUUGGUUUGGCGCUAUCUUUUAAGAAGAGACGAUGUUGAACCUGCUCCUUGGACCUCAGAAGGAAUAGAACGGUCAAGGAGAUUAUGCCUACGUUUACAGUAUCCAGUAGGUUACCCUUCAGAUAAGGAAGGGAAGAAGACUAAAGGACAGACAAAGAAGCAGGCCAGUGGAGCCUCAAAAAGGCCGACUCCAGAUAAUGAUGAUUGUCCAAGUGCCUCCAAAGUGUUCAAAGCAUCAGAUUCAGCAGAAGCUGUUGAGGCUUUCCAGCUAACCCCUCAACAACAACAUCUAAUCAGAGAAGAUCAUCAAAACCAGAAGCUAUGGGACGAAGUGCUUGCAUCUCUUGUGGAAGGACCAAAUUUCCUGAAAAAAUUGGAGCAAUCUUUUAUGUGUGUCUGCUGCCAGGAGCUAGUUUACCAGCCUGUGACAACAGAUUGCCUCCACAAUGUCUGUAAAGAUUGCUUACAGCGCUCCUUUAAGGCUCAGGUUUUCUCCUGCCCUGCUUGCCGGCAUGAUCUUGGCCAGAAUUACAUCAUGAUUCCCAAUGAGAUUCUGCAGACUCUACUUGACCUUUUCUUCCCUGGCUACAGCAAAGGACGAUGAUCUGUCUACAUCUACUGUGUUGUUCCUGGUGAUUUCUUUGGACAAUAAAGAAUCUAAAAUGGUUGGGGUGGGUGGGGGUGAAAGCAAUGGUGGACCAUAUUUCUCAUGUUCUGAAGCAGCUAAUCCUCUUUCCUACAUAGCCAUCAUCUUGUGUGUGUAGUAAGAGGCCCAUUUCUCAACUGUCUUUUAAAUAUCAAAAGGUAGUUCCUGUCAGUAACAACUAGUUGUAAUGAGUAAAAGUCAAAGCCUCAGCUCUAGUUGAUAUCCAAGUUAUGAUUUAUUUUGCAACUACCUCAGGACAGAAAAGAUUUAUGGGGAUUUUUUAAAUCAUUGAAUAAUUAGUUAAAUGAAAUUUUAGCUACACACUGCCUCCCAAAUAUUAGUUGUGCCUGGUUCAUGUAAUUUGAUUUUACAGAAAAGGAAAUGACACUUGAGAUUGUUGGAAUGAACGCAGCUUCUGUAGUGUGCAUAAUAUAUUUUUAAUGUCUUCUUCCAUUACAAUGUGUGUUUUGCAAGGACAGGUUCAUUUUUUAGCCCAUUUUGUGAACUCCAUUGUGCUUUUUUCUGGUGUUUUAUGCAAGUUGACUACUAAUGACUAAUGAGAACAAUAUGAAUGCAUUGUUGCUGCAUUAGUGUAAUGUGGUGUGGUUUUGCACUUAAAAAGAGGUGUUCAGAAGCUCUAAUUGUAAAUGUUUAUGAAAAGCCUCUUCUGUACUAGUCAAACUGCUUUUAGUGAGUCUCACCAGUGGUUUUACAUCUGCAGAGCAAUGAGGACUGGGCUGACUUUUGAGAGGACUGAAAUUGCUUCAUAUUGUGAUCUUAAAUUUUAUAUUCACUAUACUCCCUAAAGUAUACCUUAAUAAAUAUUUUAUGACCAGCAAAAUAA